GAUCAGUUAUAGAACAUUAACAAUGAAAAUGGUUGUUUAUAUAACGUCUUGGUGUUCGCAUGAUGCCUAACACGAAGACACGACAUUACAGCAACGCUCUCACCUACAUAGUGAUAGUCCCAUACAACCACUUGAGACCAACAUUUUGGAGCGACUUGAAGUAUAUACUAUAGAUUAUGCUGGGUGCAACUACAACCACAACCACAACCACCACUACCACUACAACCACCACAAUGCUAGAACUAUCAAUAGUCAAUAAGGCACAGUUGCCUCAACCGGCAUCAAUAUUUCACAGUAAUGACAAGUCAUCAAUGCACGUCGAGCCAAUAGCCGUGCCGGAACAUGGACACCACGAGGUACAUUUCGAGUCACCUGACCUCGAAUAUGACUACAUAUUCAAUGAUACGGCGGAUAUGGAUUCUGUUCAAGCUGCAGCAAGCCCCGACGGCAACACACUACGCCUACCCUCGGGCAAGACAAUAUGGCGCCGCCGCUCCAAACUGGUUGCGGGCGCACCAAAGAACACACACCGGCAGGACCGACCUCGCUCGCCAGCAUCGACCCCGGCGAGACCGCCCACCCAGCGGAAGCUUCAAGGAAACUGCGCCAUGGUCCCCUCGUCCCGCCCCUCGCCGACGCCGACGACACGAUGCCGGCGGCAGAGCCCCACAAGCACGGAACGCGGCGAUCAUGUGCCCGCCCCUUCAGGCCCACCGGCACAACAGACCUCGCCGCAGAGCCGCCGCGCGCUGGCGGCGACGACUCGCCAUCUGACGGCCCGCGCCUCCGACGCCCAGAUGCUGGCCAGCCUGCCCGUUUCCGCCCAGCACGCACUGAUGGCGGCGCAGCAGAAGGCCGCCUCGCGCGCGUCGCGGGCGGAGCAGAGGUUCGGGGGCAAGAUGGACUCGCUGGGCAACGUCAAGGUCACGGAGAGGUUCGUGAAUGAUGUGCCCGGUGGGCGGAGGCAUCGGUGUCGCUUUCCGGUCUGAUAGGUGAUAAAGCCUUCCUUGCGAUCGGGGAGAUUGCAUAGCAAGAUAUAUGGUUUUAGAGUUUCAUGGAUUGUUUGAUUUGGGCAUAGGAGUCAAGGAUUUGGUGCAGAGGAUGUUGAAUUUCUUGAGGUAACUGAAAAGAUGGAAAUAGAUACCUUUUGAGCGAGGCAAGUUCGAUGAGAGAUUUGGCAUAGAUAGAUCAUCAAACACACAGGCUUUUUUCUUUUCUU